CACAGAUAGCCUCUCUGUCUCUCUCUCUCUCGUCCCUUCCUGCUGCAUCACAACAGUCGCGAGUGGAUCGUGUGACACUGUAAGCUACUUCCACGGCUGUGUGGAGUUUUUCUGCUAACAAAUGAAAUAGAAUUUCUCUUUGACAACGUCCAGAGUGAACUCCGUCACCGUCAGUCACAGCGGACGUCAGAAUAAACGGCAUUUAGCGUUUGAAGCAGCACACCGGAGGAGAGAUGGCUAGGCCAGAGCAGGUCCUGCUGCUAGAACCUCAGUUCGAACUGAGGUUCCGAGGUCCAUUUACAGAUGUGGUCACCACCACCCUAAAGCUUGCUAAUCCUACAGACAGAAAUGUGUGCUUUAAAGUAAAGACAACUGCACCGCGCCGAUACUGUGUGCGGCCAAACAGCGGAGUGAUUGAUGCUGGAACCUCGAUCAACGUCUCGGUGAUGCUACAGCCAUUCGACUAUGAUCCAAAUGAGAAAAGCAAACACAAGUUCAUGGUACAGUCACUUCUGGCUCCGCCUGAUAUGACCGACACCGAGGGAGUGUGGAAGGACGCCAAGCCUGAGGAUCUGAUGGACUCCAAGCUGAGAUGUGUCUUUGAGAUGCCCACUGAAAAUGAGAAAACACUUGAAAUGGACAGCAAUAAGAUCCCCUCCAGUCUUUCAAAGUCAGAAUCGUCCACAUUGUCUAUGAAGUCUAUGGCCUCCAGUCUGGAUGAUGGAGAGGUAAAGAAAAUCAUGGAGGAGUGUAAACGGCUGCAGAUGGAGGUGCAGCGACUACGAGAGGAGAACAAACAGAUCAGGGAAGAUGAUGGUCUGCGGAUGAGGAAGAGCACAGUAAUGUCCGCUCCGCACUCAUCCCAAGCGGUGAGAGUGAAGGACGAGGGGCUGAGCAGCCGGGUGAUAGCGCUCAUCGUGCUGUUUUUUGUUGUGGGUGUCAUCGUAGGCAAGUUGGCCUUGUAAAAUCCAACAGGCGAGUGCUACAAGCAUGCGUUGGGGAAGAAACAAAUACAAAACAGACAAGUAACCAAUGCAGAAUUCGUUUAAUCCGAAUGCCAUAUCAUUUGGGUAGUUUUGGAUUAGCGAGGUGUGGAAAAUUAAUAAAGAGAUCAAGGAAUUUCAUCAAUGUUGUGAAAAGGUAAAAAAUCUUUAAAAAAAAAAAAAAAAAAAAAUCUGACACAGUUUUUGCCUCAAAAUUGUGCAAUCAUUCUGGUCCUCUUCCUUAACAAUUUCUGAUGCAAUUUCAAAUGGAUCACAAAUGUCAUCGAUUUUAACCACUCAAAGUCUCGUAGGGAUUUUCUAACACCAGACAGUGCAUUUGAGUUGUGCUAGAGUGAAUGUUGUUUUAUCACGUUUUUUUGUUUUCUAUGGAGGCGAAAAGCUGCAAAUUUAAUCUGUAUACAAAUGCUUUUAAAUCUUCAAAGUGUCACAUGUGCAUUUAAUUUAAUCAUACCCAUACCUCCUGCAUUAAAACGGCAGUUCAGGGAAGUGUACUAUCAAUAGAACAGGCCUUCUAGUAUCUUCCCUGUUGCUAAAAUAACAUGCAGUUUGUUUAUUCACUUCCAUUCAGUCCAACAGAUAUGAAUGAGUACCAAAAGGUACUAUGAUUUAAAAUAUAUUUCCUCUGCAAAUUAGAUGUGCUAGAAUUUUGCAAGCAUAGGAUUUCACUUAUUUCUCACGAUCUCACUGUUUCAGGCAAUUUAUUGUGUUCACUUGCACUAGACACUGAGAAUUGAACGCACCACGUUCAGGAUACGUAUUAGACCCAACUACAACAGAGUCAGCGAAUUUGGGUUUUCCAACUGACUUUUUUGAGAUACGUGUUGACUUUUUAGGUUGUUUUUAACAGUUUAACAUCCUGAUUUGACAAUGAGGAAAUGGACUGUUAGUGACUGAUAUUUCAAACUGCUGUUAUUGGGGAAGUGUUGGUGAAACCAUUUAACCAUUGAGCCGAUUACCAUCUUCAAAUGUAAUUUGAUGCAAUUUCUCUGUGAACUGAUCUCGUAACUGCUGUGUUAAGUUAGUAAUGUUUCUGAAACCAUUGCUUCCAAUGAAGGUUAGCACAGACAGAGUUCCCUGUCAUCAGGAUCAGAUAGAUUCACACUUAUUCUCUUUUUCUUUUGCUAAGGGAUAUAUGCUUGAAUGCAUGGCUCUGUUGAGAGCAAAAAAAAUAAAAUAAACCUGAAGCUGCUCCAUAGGUGAAAUCUCCUUUUCAGUCCCUUUAGCACACCUGAAUUUCCAUCUUGCUUCCUAUAAAUCUGAAUUAAUUUAUUGAUCAAGAUCUUAUGUAAUAGUGCAGCUGCUAAGUGUAAUUUCUGAUGCGCCAAGUUCAGACGUUCUUGUACAUAACAACUUGUUGAAGGUCUCUUUCCCUAUGAACUUUUUAGUUGAAGAUAUCACGAGGAGAGUUAAGUUUACCACCUGGCCCAUAAACACUAACCCCUUGUCAUUCUAUCCUCCUGAAAAUAAGCAAAGCAACAUGUACUCACCCGUAUGUUAUUCUUACCCUGUAUUUUUCCAUUCUUCUAUGUAACAAAAGAUGUUAGCCAGAAUGUCUGAGCUGCUCUUUGCCAUGCUGUGAAAGUAUGUGGUGGUUUAAACUGUCAAGCUCCUAAAAGUAAAAACACACGCCAUAAAAGUAAUUCAUAUGACUUGUGCCAAGUCUUCUGAACCCAUACAAUAGCUUUUUGUCAAGAAAAGUUCACUGAUAAUCUUCCUCUCUGCCCUUGCUCUCAGAUCUCAUUUUCGGUCACAACUGUUAAAACUUAUUGUUGCAAUCGGUCAUGUUACAUGAGAAUGGUGUCAAACCUGCUGUCUGAUGGCGCCAUUUUAAAAUUCAUAAGCGUGAGUGAGAUUUGUAAGCUAUGGCAGAGGGGAAGAUUAUCAGUGAAUAACGAAUAUGGCAUAAUAUAGAAGUCGUUCGGACUACUUUUAUGAAACUUUUUUGCUGCUUUUUGUCUAUUAUGCUUGAAUAAAAAGAGCUGCUCGUACUUUCCGCCUUACAUCUCCUUUUGUGUUUCAUGGGAAAAAUAAAAUUUUACAGAGUUUGAUCAACAUACGUUUUUGAAGAAAUUAUGACAAGUUCAUUUUGGGUAAACUGUUUCUUUAAAAACUGAAACACUCAUGCCCUAGAGGUCUGUUGUGAGUAUUGCAUCUCUUGGAUUGUAGCCAUGCCAAACUACACCUCAUUUUCCUAUAAAUGCAUGGCUUCAAUAUGCCUUGUCAGUGGUCUGAAAGUGUGAACACACUGGUUUAUCUCGCCGCAUAAGGCUUUAAAAACACUCCUGACUUUUCUCCACUGUUUUCCUGAGCCCUCUGUGUCUUUCUUGUCCUGUAAAGUGUUGAAAUGUUUCAUUUUAUUUAAGGUAUGAAUAAAGCUUUUAUUGCACAAAACUGUUUAUAUUAAGAAAUGCACUACAUUAUAAAGAAUGUCAUCUUCCCAUGCAAUGGUCUGAUCAAUUUUUUCGCAGUAUGUGAAAUAGCAGAAAUUACAUCAGUGAGGAGACUCUUCCUACAGGGGACCAUUUUGUGACCUGAUGUCUAUUCGUGUCAUAGUUUGGUGUUGUGGGGUGUCUUUUACUUUAAUGUUACUAUUUUUCCCCUUUUGAAAAGCUUUGGUUUCAGUUAAUCAUCUUAUUGCCGACAUUGAAUUUCUAAGAACAGAGGAGCUUAUAGAGAUGGUUCACCCAAAAAUUUAAAUUGUCAUCAUUUACUCACCCUCAUGAUUUUCCAAACAUGUAUGACUUUCUUCCAUGGAACACAAAAGUAGACGUUAGGUAGAAUGACAGCGUCAGUCGCCAUUCACUUUUAUUGUAUGAAAAAAAGAUGCAAAAAAAAUAAUGGUGACUCGGACUUAACAUUGUGCAUAACAUUUCCAUUUCUGUUCUACAGAAGAAAGUUUGUCAUACUGGUUUGGGACAAAACCAGUGAUGACAGAAUUUACAUUUUUGGGUGAACUAUCCCUAAUGUAAAUAUUGUCAAAUGGCAAAACUUUGCUUUGUAAGUAAAUUUAGGAGAUGUUCAGGGUAUAGUGAUUUUUGGACUGCAGUUUAUGUAUAGUUCACCAAGGAGUAUGAUUGCCAUGGAAAAGGGAGGGCUUUGGGGACCUAUCAGCCAGUCAGCUGGCUUAUAAUUAUACUUACAAUUAUUAUAAUGCCCCAAACCUUCACAUAUGAUGUAAACAUGAAGGUGACCAUUUUGUAUGUAUAUAAAUAAAUAAAAGUCUAAGAUGAAAAUGUUGAUAUUCCUAGUCAAGUAGUCUAUAAUGGUAUUUAAAGAAACCCCAACUUUGUUGGACUAUGUAGCAUCUUAAUAAAUGAAAUCAAUAAAGCCCCAGACCAAA